ACUGAUUUCACGGUUGCACAGAUGUCGGAUUAUAUACAAUACAGCGAAAAACAAUAUACAAUAUACAUAGAUAAAUACUGUUAAAUAAAUUACCAGAUGAUUAUGAACGUAAGCCAUCCAAUAAUGGUAAAUCUAUAAUAUAGAUUUACGUUUGUGUGUUUUUACAUGCAUUGACUAUUUGUAAUUUAGUUCCUGGUUUUAAAAGGGAACAUAAUGGCGAAUCGGACUUUUUUCUCACUAAGAUUUCAAUGUCAAAAUACAAAAUAAUUUUAGAACAAAUCGAUAUAUCGUUGUUAAAGUCGUGCUAAUUAUACAAUGGUUGUAUUAAUUACUGUUUUCGGCGGUCUUACACGAUAUCGAAAAUAGGAAUGUACAAUGUACAUGGACUGUGAUACGAAAAGUGUUAAGGGUGAUUGAUUAUUCGUUGAACGGGAGUACUUCACGGAAGACGAGUGUAAGGGGAAGUCAUAUUGUGUUUACAUUGGUUUCUUAGAACAGAAAAUAGAAUUCAGUGACAAUUGAGGACAAUAAUAUUUUCGUGGUCAUGGAGAUAUACAUUGUAAUCAAAUAUUUGAAUUAGAAGUGGGAUAAGACAUUUGAUAUUACGAAUGGAUACACUUUAAAGUGGGACUGAAUUUGGAUUUGACGUAUACUGGUGUAAAGGUUUUGGCGAAGUUUGUGUAAAAUGGGAUCCAGUCCCAGUAAGGAAGAUAAGACCAUUCAGACAAAAAGUAAAAAAUCCUUUUCAAGGAAGCAGUCGAAUUCUGACCGUAAUUAUACACUUGAUCAUCAAAACAAAACUCAGCAUUCGAGUAGUAAAGAUGGAACAUACCUUAUAAAAGAUCGAGAGAAAGGAAAUGGCAGUGACGAGACAAAGAAAGAACAUACUGAUCAUAGAACACGAGAGAACAAUGACUCUAACGCGGUAGGUGAUGGGGACGGACUGACAAAAGCUCUUCCUCAAAAUUCAACUGAAACUUUAGACGUUGACCCACGUUCACCAAAUCAAAUUAUUAAGGCCGAAAAAGCGAAAAAGGAGGAGGAAAAGGCAUUGAAAGAGGAAGAAGAAAAGCCUAAGAGGGAAGAGAUAGAGAAAGUUAGAAAAGGGAAAGAAAUUCAAAUUAUUAAGGCCGAAAAAGCGAAAAAGGAGGAGGAAAAGGCAUUGAAAGAGGAAGAAGAAAAACAGAAGAGGGAAGAGAUAGAGAAAGUUAGAAAAGGGAAAGAAAUUCAAAUUAUUAAGGCCGAAAAAGCGAAAAAGGAGGAGGAAAAGGCAUUGAAAGAUGAAGAAGAAAAACAGAAGAGGGAAGAGAUAGAGAAAGUUAGAAAAGGGAAUGAAAUUCUUCAACGUAUGAUAUCUAGUCUAAAAGACCAGUAUGAUGACAGUGAAAUGAAAUAUAGCUUACUGAAGAAGGCUGUUACGAUGAUGAAUACUCAUCAACAUAAAAUAAAUAGUACAGAAAAACAACUCUUUAAAUUGGAUAAAGAUGAACAGAAGCAAACAAGACUAAGAACUCUAAGACAGGAGAAAGCAAACCUUUUGCAACGUUUAUCUGAGAUUGCAUCAGCUCGACUGCGGCAUAACAAUCCCGACAUUGCAGAUCUCAGUGAUGAAAACAGAGCAACAAAACUUGCAGAGAGACUUUCUGAACUAUAUGAUAAUGAAUGGACAGAUCUUUUCGAAGAAACUAAAAAAAGGGCGGGUAAAAACGUCGAUGAAAGAACAAUUGCAGAAAAUCUUAGAGACAUCCUUAAGGUUUGCUAUGAAAAUUGUCAACGUAUCGCUGAGUGUCAGUUAAGUAAUUUAUUUGGUUGUUUACACAUGGACACAAAGAAAGAUCUCAAAGAGCCUCCCGCAGAGCUCAGACUUCGACUGAAGGAAUUCCAGAAGAAUUCUUCGCAUCAUUCUUUGAAAUACGUUCAGAAGAUCACAAUUGAUGGUGCCAACAGCCCUAUAAAGUUGCUGAAGAAAAACGUAGUUGUAAAGUGUUCUUCUAAGACGAAGAUCAAAUACAACUUAUAUGUAAACUUGUGCACUGAAAUCACGUGGCAUAUGCAAAUACAAGACCCACCUUUAGUUCUUGAUUUCGGCACGGAAACAAGUGAACCAUCCCGAUUCCGGCCAUAUACAAUAUCUGGUCCACAACUUGACUACAUAUUGUGGCCUGCAAUGUUAUUGCAUGGCAAUGGGGCUAUUGUUUCAAAGGGCGUGGCCCAAUUCAAAAAGGAACUGAAGAAUGAAAAAUUAAGUGAAGAUAGUGAUAAACAGCAUAAAAAUACCAACGCAAUACAAGACAUAACAGCAAAAUCAGACUGGGAGUAGACGGAAAUAUUCAAUAUACACAUUCUGUUUGGUUUUUUUUUAUAUAAAAUGAUUUAGAGGCAUUGUGUUAUUCCUGUGAGAAAUCUAUCACGCCUGUCUAUAUACAUAUAACAGGGUUAUUAUAACAGUAGCUCGAUCUGGGAUGCUGUAUUCGGCUCGAGUGGAUUUUUGCCAGAUCGGAUCUCACGAGGCGCGCAAGUGCCGAGUAGGAUCCGACCUUGCAAAAUUCACGAGGCCCGUUUAAUGACCCUUUUAUUAUAUACCUCUACCUUUUUGUUUGUUGUUUUGUUAUUGAACGAAAUCUUCAAUAUAUCGAUAUUAAAAUGGAACUAGGUGAAGGCUUUAUGUGUGCUAUUUAUAGAACUGUGUCAGGUCAUGCAGUAUUAAUGAAAGUAGUCCAGCAGCAUACAAUACAAAAGAUACUAUACGGAUUUUUUCUGCCUGUUCAUAUUUAAUUGUGAAAUACAAGCCGAAUUUUAUUUACAGAAUUUAUAUAGGUAUGUAAUAAAAUACUUUAUUGCACACAAGCUUCAAAUGAUCCAGAUAAAUACCACCCUUAUCUUGUAUUGUUUUUCCUUUCAGUUUAAAGCAACAUAGCACAUCACACUAUGGAAAUUUUAACAAUAAAGUUCUAAAUAUUA